AUGUCAACCUUCCAGUACAGACCAUUAUCAUCAGAGGAGAUCAGGGUUCUCAAGCUACUUCCCGGCCAGCUAGAAGACCCAUUGAGUUGCGAACUUCAGCACGUUCAGCUGUCGUCUCCACCGACAUACGAAGCUCUCUCCUACUGCUGGGGAGAUGGCUCGUUGACGCGAUCUAUUAUCUCUGAUGGCUCAGAAAUGAAGAUCACCGAAACGCUAUAUUCAGCCUUGUGCCGGAUGCGACACAAAGAUCGCCCCCGUAUACUCUGGGCAGAUGCUAUAUGUAUCAAUCAGGAGGAUAAAGAUGAGAAAACCUGCCAAGUUGGCUUUAUGACCGUCAUUUAUUCCCACGCAGCACAGGUCAAUGUUUGGCUUGGGAGUGAUGACGAAUGGAGCAAGACUCUCGGGAAGUUCAUCCCUCAAGUACACGAGGCACGGAAAAGGCAUCUAUCUCACCUAAACACGCAAGCCGUUACCGAAUCAACCGCUUUACACCUGAGGAAACUUGGCCUUCCAAACCGCUACGACUGGAGAUAUCUGGCGCUUUCUGCUUUGGUAAACCGUCCUUGGUUUAAUCGUGUUUGGAUUGUCCAAGAACUUGCCAAAUCUGGUAAAGCAGAAGUAUACUGCGGAGACUGGAUUGUUCCAUGGCGCAGUCUUAUUGAAGCUGCCAACUGGGUGGACGAAAUCGGAAUUGGUCAUGCUGUCAGACUGUUUGCAAACGAAGGAACGCCUACACAAAACCAACGCUUCCUCCAAUUGACCGACUCAAAUAUUAAAAAGUCGGAGCGUGUUUCUUUGCUCACUCUGUUAAUUAGGCAUCGGCAUUGUCUGUCAUCAGAUCCUCGUGACAAGAUCUUUGCACUUUGCGAACUGGCCUAUGAUUCUGACAUUGUAGAGCUAACCUAUCGAAAGAGUACUAAGGAAGUGUACUUAGACACUGCCAUCGGUCUUGUUCAACGCUACCGGACAUUGGAGGUUGUAACUGCAGCAGGCUUACCCCCAAAGUCUUUCCAGGAUGGCAUCUCCCUUCCGACCUGGGUUCCAGACUGGACAAGAAAUGAUGUUUUCAUAUCCUUGCUGGCGAAGCGCACUGAUGGCACUCCAGUCUAUCCGGCUAACUCCGCUCCAUGGCAAGUGCAAGGAUUAGACAUCAACAAAGAAUGCGGAACACUCACAGUAACCGGCAUGCUUUUUGACAGGGUGGACAAGGCUUGCAGUCCUUACAGAGCACGACACCCAUUGUCACCAGGAUACCAAGAGAGGACCUUCUGGACAAUGUGGAGCAAUUAUAUCGACACAGAAGGCUGCUUGAUUGAGUGGCAAGAGGUCUUCAAGGUGGAUUCCGGCGCCGAUUAUAUUGGUGGAAGUGGAAUUCUGGACGCUUUCUGGCAGACUAUGUGUGCUGGUAGUCUUCCCUACAAGAACUUCGACGAGGGAAAACGAGCAUUCGAGGACUGGGACCGCAUGCCUAUCCCGGCUCGCAUACUGGGAGCAUUGGGUCUAAAUUACCGCACGAAUUACUACAAAGUUUUAGCAAUUCCUCUCUCGGUCGCCACAGGCCUUGUUACAAGUGUCUGGCAUCUUUUCAGGGGAAGAAAGCCACGAAGUCUGUUAUUUCAGCAAAUGGCAUCUGUUGCUAGUGGCCGACGAAUGGUCUCAACGAGUACUGGAUAUCUCGCCCUUGCGCCAUCUGCAACUGAAGUUGGGGAUCACGUCGCUUUAAUACCCGGAUCUGGCCUGCCGUUGUUUCUGCGAGCUGGUGCUAAUGAGGGUCGUUUUAGUCUUGUUGGCGAAGGAUAUGUUCAUGGUAUAAUGAAUGGUGAGGGUUUCCGGGAAGAAUGCUGUAUUCCGCUGUGUUUGGAAUAG